AUGCUUCUCAUUGACUUCAUCAACCAACUCGCCACAGACUACCCUGAGCUUCAUUUGACCAUCACCCUUCGUGACUUCAUCCAUUUUACUGCUCUGGCGGCCGAAAUCAUUGCUCGGACCAACGGCACAUGGAUUUCUCGGAGCAAUGGCAAUUCAGUGGUCCCUUUCCUGCGCAAAGUGCUGAAUAUAGCUCUUCUGAAACACAUCUGUUACGACCUCUGGCACACAAUUGCGCCCACAAUACACCAAUACCGAGUUCAACCAGCACUUGUAAUUCAACAAUAUGGACACCUUCCGGAGCAUCAUCCAGUCCACAUACCAGAAACAACCCUUGUAUCUCCUGUCAAAAACUGUCUGCUCUGCAAAAAACGCCCCAAGUUACAUCACCGUUGUUGCCUAGAUGGCUAUCUGUACGACCUAGAUGGUGUGCACACUAUUGUCCGACUUAUUACCGUCCCAGUUACUACUCCAACAACAAGUUUUGCACUUAUUACUUGGCCCUGGACGGACACAACCCAGAUGUCUUUCAGGGUUGAUGGUCGCUCAUGUUUCCAAUUUCAACCUUCGCUCCAUGCGGCACCAACCGUCCUUCCGGCGAUGUCCGAAAUCACUUGCCAAGAUGGCUCAGAGCUCCAUGUCCUACUCAACAAAGCAGACUCUGCAUACGGGCGUGUAACCGUGGACACCUAUAUUCAGCCAGAAAAACGUUAUGAAGAUGCAAUGAAGAAGGUGCUGGAAUGGAUUGCUCUGGAAGGAACCAAGCACCACAACCAUGCGUGCUCUGGUUGUGUCCAAAUAGUACCUCUUGCUGGCGAGCAAGCCAAACUGGCCUACAUCCGUGCAGUAGUCACCAAUGGCAUUACCAUCGGCCACUCGCGAUGCACUGCUACCUCUCAACAACUGCGUGAGCUCGCAGCAACCGAUGGCUUGCCCCCGCCCAAAGGACCAUGCACAACCUCUUUGACAGGUGUUCACGACCGCUUUUGCGGAUUUCACGAAAAACACCUUGGUCGACAUUGUCAAGCUCAGCCAUGCACCGCAGACGCACUUGAAGGCACGAAAACCUGCAAAGAGCACGUGGAGUCGUAUUCUAAAUUCAAAGCGCGAGUCACUGGCAACUUUGCCCUCACUUCGAUUCUUCACAGGCCAGGUUCAAAUCGCCCUUCCGACCCUACGGUGCACCAAGACUGGAACACCGCCGAGCUGGUAGGCCUGGAAGACGUCCAAGAAGGCGACGAGGCCGAUCGUGUUCAUGAGGCGGUUGCGAAGGUGGAGAUGUACGUGUGGAAUCAUCCUGGAACACGAGACAUUCUUUCACUCAGAAAGCGUGAGCGCGGAUUUUAUCCUGAGGACCUUUCCAAAACAAAUUACACAGUCGACCCCUUCCACUUCCGAGGACACAAAGCCAGCGACGACUUCUGCCAGCAUUAUACCGACCCCAAGCGCUUUCCUGAACUACAAAAGGAUGGUAAUUGGGUUUUUAAUUCUUCAGCAGCUGAGAUGACCAACAUCUGGUAUGGCGGUUUUGCAUUGCUUGCACAAAGCAUGUCUGCCAUCCGCUUCAACUUUAUGAUGGAGGACAUGAUUGAGAGGAGGAAUGAAUGGUUGAUACAAAGGCUGUCCAAAAGUUGCAUUUUGUCUGCCACUGUUUGA